UUUCUGAAAUGGGGAGAUUGCAACUACCACGUUCCAAAGCAAAUAAGAAGCUGGAAUUCAUUGCAGAAGAAGGUAGCCAAUCUAAUUUGCUAUCUACUGUUGAAGUGAAUGUUCCUGUUCUACAAGGACUUGCAAAAGAAGGAAAUUCAAAUUGGGGUACAAUUAAGAAAAAGUUUUGUAGAACAAGGUAAGGGACACAAAGGGAGAAGCAGAUUAUGGAUAAUAUGCAAAAUAAUAUUCCUCAAAAUCCUGUUGUGUCUCAUGUAGUAGCAGAACAAGUUCUCAGCAGAUAUUCUGGUAGGAUAACCAGGAAGAUGUAUGCUCAACAAAUGCAAAAAGGAAGCCUUAUUUCAGCCCUUGAAGAAGAGUUGAACAAAGAAGGAUCUGAACAUGAUAAGUCUUGUUCUGGUAAAAGUUUGAGUGAUGUUGAGGAAUCGGAAGGGAAAGAGAACAAUGAAGAGGAAACAGAUGCAGUAAAUGAUGAAGAUGGAGAAGCGAAUGAGAGCAAUGAAGACGAAACAGAUGCAGUAAAUAAUGAAGAUCAACAAGAAGAGUUGAACAAAGAAGGACAUGAGCAUGAUAAGGCUUGUUCUGAUAAAGUUUUGAGUGAUGUUGAGGAACUAGAAGCGAAGAAGAACAAUGAAGAGGAAACAGAUGCAGGAAAUGAUGAAAAUGAAGAGGAAGAGUUGAACAAAGAAGGAUCUGAGCAUGAUCAAGUUUGUUCUGAUAAAAGUUUGAAUGGUGCUGGGGAAAAUGAAGGGGAGAUGAACAAUGAAGAGGAAAAUGAUACAGUAAAUAAUGAAGAUGAAAAGGAAGAUUUGAACAAAGAAGAAUCUGAGCAUCAUAUGGUUUCAUCUGAUAAAAGUUUUGAAGAUCCUAAGGAACGUGAAGUUCAGAACAUAAGAAGCAGAGAAAGUGAUGAUAAUAGUGAUUUUGAAGAUGAAGUUGAAAGCGGUGAGCAUACGAAUUUGGCAUCUGCCAAGGUAAAGUAUGGUAGCAGUGACAUUCCUACAACUUCUAAAACAAAGAGGAAAGCUUCAUCCCAAAGAAAAGAUAAUCCCAAAAGGAUUAAAGCUACAAGGUAACAAUUUUGCAUAUGGCUCAAUAUAUUAAAUAUUAAAGUUAAUAACUUCAAAAAAAUGUGAAACAUUUUUAUUAAUUUUUUAGUAAAUACAGAGUACAUAAUCCAAAGAAUCUGGAAGCUGCGUGUAGACCUUACUGUUUGAUGGAAGUUUUUGAUGAUUUGUCUGAAAAACAAGUCCAAGAUAUUCAUGAAAUUGGAUUUGGAGGUUUAUUGGAUUGUCGUAUAAGUCAAAGAAUGAAUAGUAGAUUAGUGUCUUGGCUAGUGAAGAGUUUUGACAUUGGUAGUUUUAUGUUCACAAUUGGAUCUGGGAAAGAAUUUGUAGUUACAGAAGCUGAUGUACAUGAUGUGUUUUUACUACCAUGGGUUGUUGGUAGUGAUGUGGUGGAGACAGAGUGGGUCAGGAACACAAAGAAGGAAACAGAAAAGAACAAAGGUCAGUUGUUAAUGAUUGAGUGGAAAAGAAAUUUUGUAGUGGGUGCUACAGGAAAUAUAAAUUUAAACAAAGUAAGGGAUGAAAUAAAAGCUGAAAGGGAAGGUGGUGAACAAUUUAAGAGAUUGUUUGUAUUGUUUAUAGUUUCUCAUGUACUGGCACCAACAUCUAAUAGGACAACUUCAAUGAAUUUGGUUCUUGCUUUAGAAGAUGUUGGUAAUAUAAAGAAGGUGAAUUGGUGCGGAUAUGUACUGAAAAAACUUGGUCAGGCAGUGGAGAGGUUCAAGAGAAAUACUGAAAAUAGCUUUGUAGGAGGUUGUAUAUUACUGCUACAAAUUCUAUAUUUUCAAAGGUUAAUGUUUAAAGGAGUACAAAUAUCAAAAGAAUUUGAGUUCAGAUGCAAUCAAACAAAGGGUAAAAGAAGAAAUCAAGGCUGGAGAAUUUGGGAAAGGACCAGUAGAUAAUGACUAUCCAAUCUCAAGAGAAAGAGAAAUUCUUUUUGAAAAAGAAUAUGAAAGAGCAGGGACAACAACUGAAAUAGUUGUAAGCAAAGAGUGGUACAUUAAAUUUGAAAUACCACAGGGUAUGCCAACAGAUAGUGAAAUUGAGAGACAAGCAAAAGAUGAAAAAAGUAAAACUCUUAUGCUUGUAAAGAGGGAUGUUGAAGUAGUGUUCAGGGCUCAUAUAUCUCCAAUACAAGAAUUGGACUCACAGGAACAAGCCAGCCAACCACAAAGCUCCCAAUCAACAAAUAGUUUUGAUAAAAUUUUUAAUGAUCCAAAAACUUAUGAAAUUGUGGAUGCUGUUGUUGAUUGGCUAAUGGAUCUGAAGUCAAGCACACAUGAAGACAACACUGAAAAAGCCAAUGAACUGGAAAAUCAUGAAGAAGUAAGAGAUGAAGAAAACAUAGAAAUGGGGAAUGUGGAAACAGAAGUGCAAGAUACGCACAGGGAAAAAAGAGCAACUGAAGAGUGCAUCACAUUCCUGUCAAAGUUCAUGCAAAAUACAAGGAGUUAAAAAUGGACCAGGAAUAUGGGAAGCGGUUCUAUUUUUGCCUGUCACAAUUAGACAUAUUGACAAGGUUUAUGCAAGAAGGGUUUGAUAUUGAUAUGAGAAAUGCUCUCCAAAAAGAUUCAGAUGAUUGGAUUUCUUUGAAUAGUCAGAGAUGGGACAUUGCCAAAGCAGAUUUUAUAGUGAUUCCGUUCCUGUACAAGAAACACUAUGCAUCUUUUUUUAUAAACACACUCUCAAAGAAGAUACAUUUAGUGGACUAUAAAAAACAUGCAGACUUGAAGUGGCAUAAAAAAGUUGCUGAUCUACUGUGCACAGAGAUGUCACUUUAUUUGAAAAAGAAGAACCACCCAAGGGCAAAUGAAAUGAGAAGGUAUGAAUUUGAAGAUGUGGACUUUGAAUGGAAAACCAAGAAAGAUAGUAAUGAAUGUGGCUUGUACCUGCUCAUGACAAUGUACUUAUUUGAGGGAGUGCGUUUUAAUUACACUCUUAAUAAGGUGGAAGACAGAAAAUUUCAUCGUGCAGAGAUUUGCUUGUUACUUGCAAAAUCUGAAGGAAAUGAUGUACUAAAUGAAGUUAAGAAGAAGGUUGAGCACUUCAUAAAAAUGAAGAGCAUAAAAGAAGGGAAAAGGGUGUCAAAAUAGCUUCAAACAAUUGGAUUGUUAUCAACAAUGGUUAAUGUUUGAAUGUAUUUGAACUAGCUACUACUUAAUAGUUCAUUUCAUUACCUCUGCAGUUUACCUUUUCCAUACGAUUUGGUAACUAUGCGAUUUGCUUCAGCUGGUCAUUUUGUUUUGGCCUUUGGCACUUCAGCCUGUCAUUUAUGGCUUUUGUUUCUCUUGUUGAAUUUCAGUGAUUUCACUUGA